AUGUUGAAGUCGGCGGGAUUUGAGGAGUCUAUACCGGGUGCGGAUACUGUUUCGCGCCGGUUGUGUCUUCGACUUGAUGCUCUUGAUAGUGAACUUCGAAUCUUGAUGGCUUCGGCUUCCUCAAUCGCGCUAUCUCUUGAUGGUUGGACAAGCCAGAAUUCAUUGUCAAUGCUAGCAAUCAAUGCUCACUGGAUGUCGUCUGCUUUCCAGCAAUAUCGAGCUUGUAUUGAGUUUGUUGAAAUCGAAGGCAACCACUCUGGAAAGAACCUUGCUAAUAUCGUCGCGACGGUUCUUGAGAGGUUUCAUAUAUCUGAUAAAGUUAUGACUAUUACAGCUGACAACGCAUCUAACAAUGAUACGCUACACCGGUGUCUCUUCCAAAAGCUGUCUCGGCGGUACGAUGAGUACCUGGCCGAUACCGUUAUCCGAGAAGGGACCAUGAAAUUUACUCAGAACUCCCAAAUCCGCUGCUUUGCACACAUCCUGAAUCUGGUUAUGAAAACAAUAUUGAGGUCUUUACGCGCUAGUUCACAUAAGGAAGCCUGUGACCUCCUUGAUGAUGUUGCUAAGAGGAGCUGGAAGGCGAUCAACGCUCCUGCUUCCCCUAUUGCAAAGCUUCGACUACUUGUCCUUUGGAUUGCGCGAUCUCCUCAGCGAAUACAAAAGUGGGAUAAUCGACCUGGCUGUACAAAAGCCAUCCACUACGAUGUUGAUACUCGAUGGAACUCUACUUUUGUUAUGAUCGAGAGAGCUGAAGAGUGUCGCCGGCAGCUCGAAGAUACAGUCAACGAUGAGCCAGAUAUCGAAGCCUUACGUCUCACACCCGAGGACUGGAGGCAGCUCUCAGAUAUCAAGAAAAUCCUGGCUCCCUUCAACGAAUAUACUGAGUAUGUCUCUCGAGAUAGCCCUUCAAUUCAUAUGGCGGCGCGGAUGUUUAAGGAGCUCCGUUCUAUACUCUUAGCUAUUAAGGAACGGCGAGGCGAGUGGCAGAAUGUCUCGCUAGCACUAACUAUUCCUAUCUCUGAUGGAAUCACACUUCUGGAGCAGUACCACGACCGCGUCAAAGACAACGACAUAUACUAUAUCGCAAGUAUUCUGGACCCUCGAAUCAAGACCAAGUAG